UGUAUAUAUCAGCUGGGAGGCGGUGCAACUAUUGUUGACAAGUGCACUGCUAACUUACACUCAGAAUAUUAAAAUGGCUUGAAACAGAUCAACGGCGAAUUCUCAGUCGAAUAUGUAUGCAUUGAAAUGAAAAACUGUCAAGUUUACGCAUGAGUCGAUUCGUCUUUCACUCAAAAUGUUCAGCAAUGCGCGACGCACCAAGUUUUGUUACAUAUAGUCUGCAGAUGUAUUGAAAGUAACAUCUGGUCUGGUUUUAGGUGGUGACAGUUUAAUUACGAGUAGGAAAUUAGCUGACUCAAGUUUGCAACGCUGGACUGACUAUAUAAUUAAAGAAAAUCAUGAUUGGAGCUGAGUAUGCACAAUUCACCUCGUACAUUCCAAGCGAGAACCCGGCUCCGGACCCUAACAAGAGCUUCCUGCCAUCGUAUCUUUUACCUUCAUUUCAUGUCCCUCAACCAUGGACAAGCAAGACAAACAGAGCAGGCUUUCAGGAAGAUUUCAUCAUCGUGGCUGAGUUUUCAGAAAUAGAGGGCCCCAAACCAGUGAUGGUGAUACCCAAACAUGGAGGGGGAGACUUUGACCAAAACACAUUUUCUGUGAAAAUCAUGGCCGUUGACCACCAAACGAAUUCUGUGGGUUUCAGCAUAUCAGAGGAUACUCAGGUCGUUAUCUCAGAGGACAAGGAUGGUGUCUACAGCUUUGUUCACCAUUUUGUUUUGUAUGACAAUGAAGCUCGUGGAUUCGUACGCCCUUUCUGCAUGGCCUAUGUGACUAGUGAGAGAAGGAAAAUCAUGACCUUCUAUGAAGAGCUUUCGGCACAGUUCAGAAAGGUAGCUCGAUUUUUAAAGUAUGGAAAUAGAAUGGUCUUUGUGCGUGACCUUGACAGAUAUCUCAGUGACCUGGAUUAUACGAAAGGUCAGUUAAGGAUGAAGGGAACAUCGCAACCAGAAUCAGCAUCUGGGGAGGCAGAGAGGCGGAAUGCAGAGGAAGAGACGUACCAAGAUCUGCAAAAUAUUCGAGCAUCAAUGGACGAGGUGAAGGAAAUGCUAAUUACACUCCGACCUUUACUGAAUGACCGCCGAGUUGAAUGUCGGUUCCAAACACUGGAAGACCGAGCCUACCAUCAGAAGCUGAAAGCUGAGACAACCAAUGUGGAUACGUUAAGUUUGGAGGAGAAUAUAUUCUCGGGGGAAAAAGCAAGUCCUGCUUUCCGAUGUGGAUCCUUCAACGGUGCAGCAGAUACAACCUUGUCAUUAUUCCAGGGGCACCGUCCCUACACUCCGAAGAUUGUUUCCCCAAACAGAAGAAAGAAGUUUGACAGUGCCCUGAGGGGUCUCCAUGAGUUGUGUUCCUGGGGGGCCAAGGAGGGGCUGAAGAAACUCAGGUGCAUUCAAGAGCACUAUAAAAGAGAGACAAUGAUUUUAGAACUGGAGAGAAGUGAAUCCAACCUUCUAGACCCACCUGGCUCUCUGAUGACAUGUGGACAGUGCGUGACCUCCAACUUUCUGACUGGGAUCUCCAUGCGUGGCUUGGACCUGUCGUCCAGUCUAGCAGACGCAAGUCUGUCUACGCCAGGGUCAGAUAUCAUAAAGAGGUGGCCUUCGAGCGACACCCUAGAUAGCUUCAAGUCAGCCGGGUCAUUUGUGUCUCUCCAAGAUGAAGAUGGUGACAUCAUGUCUUUAACAUCAGCAGAUGGAAAUACAAGUAUGGAUCCCAUGAACUGUCAGCACUCCUCAGUUCCCCCAUCACCUAUCAGCUCACCAACCAAGUCCCCCUUCCACCGUCUGGGCAGCAGUUGUGAGAGCGAGUCCACCAGCAGCAUCUACCAAACAGAUGAAGCCUCUAGCACAGCCUCCCCAUCCCGACCACCCGUCAGUACCACAAUCACCAAGCUCAGCAUACCCAUCUCAGCAAAUGUCCAUCCCCCAGACACUCAGCCCAGUAUCUCAACCACCCUCCAGUAUACAGCCAACCAACAUGGCGUCUACUGUACAGACGUCUCUGACCUCUCACAAAGGUCAUCUCAGAUGGACCCAGCUGCUUCACCAACUGACCAAGCCGUGGACAAAAAACAGACUGUAAAUCAUGUCAGUGGUCAACAAGAUCAUGGAGACGCAGUGGAUGCAGUGACCGAAGGUCAAACUGCCACCACUGGUCAUCAGCAGAUGAUGAUGCGCCAAGUGAGUCCCCAAUACAGUACUGAGAAGACAUCGGAUCUGCAGCCUGAUCCACUCCACCUUCCAGGUCAGUUGUCCAUGUACUUCCUGAAGACAUACAAUCUGUCCAAAGACCUACUGAAGCCCAAGGCAGGGCUGUACAGUCUGGGAGACCUGAUGGAGAAGCUUGGUCCAGGUGUGCCAGGAUAUGGCAUUCUUGAUGUACUACUCUCCUGCAACAACUUACAACACGUACUGUACAGCUUGCUGAUUGGUCGAACAGUCCUUGUUGUCGGCUCGCCUAGACUAGAAGGGGAGGUAAUCAGGAUAGUGACAGCACUGGCUCUGUUCCUGCCAGACCACCGGAGGAAGCACCCAUCUAUGAUAGAAUGGCUGUCUAAACCCUUCAGACUCACAGAUCUGGCUCGUACAAAGCUGGCCGGUGUGUGUCGCCCCGAGAAACGACCUCUGGAGUCUGUGGUUCCCAGUGUCGUCAAGAAAUAUUCGUCUGUAAUUGACGUUGACAGACAAGGCAUUCUGCCCAAAUACCAGGGUAAUCUUCUAACAGCAUUGAUAAGCAAGAAGAAGGUUUUCAAUACAGAUACAGAAUUUGUAGCCUACAUCCACUGCUGGUUGAUGGAGCUGUCAUCCAAGGCCUUCAUCUUCUACCACUCCUUCUGUCUGGGCACCGCUGGCAUCAUGUAUGACCAGAACCUGCAGAGACAGAAGGAACAGUACCAAAGCACUGUGAGGAGCUUCAUAGCCAAGCUAGGGGUCACCGAUGAUGAUAUUCAUAUAGUAGAGUAUUUGGCUGAGAUAGUGAAGAUGUCGGAGAUUGAGCCACAUGUACGACUAACUCAAGUUGGAGGUGGUGUUGCCAGACCAAUCACUCUGAAUUACCUCCCUUGCCAGCUUCAACCUCUGAGGUUCUGAGUGAAGUUACUCCAUCAGAUGCAUCACUGUCUUCAUGAUGCAUCAUCUGGAUCAGGUGCAUCUCUCCAUACACCCAAGUCAUGAUCAGUUUCCAAUGCUGGCUUUGAUGCAUUUAAAGGGAGUGAACUCUUGUGCGAAGCAUUCCUUGUAUGGCAACAUCGUCUGACUCAGGGACUUGUUUAGUGCAAUAUGGACUGGGUAUAGAGUGGAUCCCUUCUCUCAUACAGGGCAGGAGUUAGCCCUGUGGGUUGCUUGUCACAUAGUCUUGGUUUGAAUCCCAGAAUGGGUUCAAAUAGGACAAAAAUCCUUUGUAUCCUGAAGAAAACAUACUGUGAUAAAUAUUGUAUUGUGAUUUCAGUGUUUAUGCUUUAGUGAACAACAAAAAUGAUCAUGAUAAGCAUUCCUUGAAGAUGUGCAAGCUAAGAUGCAGCUAUCUGAGCAGACUCUUGGGAAUCAAACCUGUGUUCAUCAUCCAAGAGACAGAAUAUUGUGUAAGGACUGUGUAUGAACAGUACAGAAGAAGUAAGGCAUUACUGACCCUGACAGCUAAGGUGCUGGAACUUACUGCCCAAAGGCCAGAUCAAAUAUGGAAUGCUUCGAUCAUUUCCAUCAAAAGGCCACAAAAUGACACCAGUCUAAAUAAACUGACCUGGAGACAAUUUGGAUCAAACUCAUGGUGGUGCUUUGCAGGACGUUACAGCAGAACACAUGUAGAACAUAGGUAAUUUAGUAUUGAGGGUUUACGGGUCACGACAUCUGACUUGUGUAAGGGACUGGGAAGGGGACUUGUCUUAGGAUUGUAUCAUAUUGGACUCCCUUCUUCCUCAAUUUUGUUACACCUUUCCAUUUUUCAUGAACACAAAAAGCUGCAGAUGUCGUCAUCUUAUCAGGACAUGGUCAUUUAUCAAUGUGCUUGGCAAUCAAAUACUGUGUUAUCACUUGAAUUAAUUGAUAAUUGAUUACACCAUUCAAGUGAUCCACAAGUUUGGUUUAUUUGGCUGUUUUUAUCACUAUUUCAGCAAAAUUUAACAUCACUGGCCAUGGAGCUUCACACUUUGUACCCAUGUAUGAAAUAGAACUCAGACUGUUGGCAAGACAAGUAAAUGCUUUAUCCACUAGACUACCCCAAUGCUUUGAAAGUAUUGUCUGCUAUGUCUUGCAAUAACAAGGCAAUUAGGAAUGUACAGAGACAGAUAUAUAUAUACAUACUUAAGAACAA